AUGGAACAAACUCUCUGGUGGUCCGGGUCCCACAGAGUGAACUCAGGAGAGGAGCUGAUCUACAGUCAGUCUAACAUUUCGGUGACCGGUCAGCCGCUCCGGUCCCACUUCACCCUCGCCCUCACCAACUCCUCCACUGCCCAGGAGACCAUCAUCUCUCUCUAUACUGAGUCAGUGGUGGGUAACUGGAGCUUGUUGCUAGGCAGCAGCGGCCUGUCGGGGCCCCACAGGGCCGGCCUUCAGGUUCACGCCACGCUGGACCGCAGACACCAGGUCUGGGUCAACGGGACGCUGGGGGGCCGCUGCCUCCGGACCGCCGCAGGCUACAUGAGCGGUCCAGGCCUCUGUGAGGACAUCAGUGCAGCAGUGUGUGCAGGAAUGAACCACAGCUUCAAGGCUGAGGUGCAGAGAAGAGAACGCUGCAGAGAGACUGAGACUCUGGGAAGCUGGUCGCUGAAGACAGCCAAUCAGAGGCUGAUGAUGUCAGCCAGUGGCUGCUGGGAGAGAUUAACUGCAGUAGAGGAGCGAUUUCACUUCCUGAGCUCUGAGAUCCAGAAGGAACUCCUGGAGAGGACGAAGGCGUUACAGUGUCUCCUAACAGAAACCACUGAACAGCCUGCAGACAUGCGGCUGCUGCAGGUCUGGAGCUCCGUCCCUCUGCUCGCCUCCCAGCAUGCCGAGGGCCUGCUGGGCCGGGGCUCCACAGGGCUGCUGUCCCUGUGGCUCAGCAGCUCCCUGCGCCGCGCGCUGACCAGCGGCCUGCCUGACCUGCUGGGUCGGCUCCAGCAGGCCUCGCUGCAGGGACAGCAGGAGCUGCGGAGGCCUCUGGCGACCCUGGCUGGUGUGUACCAGGACGUGAAGGGCCAGAGGCUGGAGGCAGCAUGGAGGGAGGCUGUUGGGAUGUGGACCGGCAGGUUGCUGGACGUCCUGCCUGCUGAGCUGGAGAACCCUCACCUCAGAGCCCUGGCAGCAGCAGGAGCCUCGGCCCUCGCAGCCGCUCUGGACGUGGUGGGCCAGCAGAGCUCCCACUGGGCCGAGGCCAGGCUGGCCACAGCUCUGUUUGGACUCAGGAAACGACUGGCUUCUCUCUACACAUUCAGCCGCAGAGACUGUGCGGUCACUGUGUCGGUGCCGCUGCUGAAUCUCAACCUGUCGAGGGCCGCCGAGGGUGGGCUGCUGGAAACCGUGCUGGAGGAGUGGCUCCUGGGGCCCCUGAGGGCCCUCGCCUCCGUCAGACCUGCAGCUGAGCUUUAUCGCUUCAAGAGGAGAAUCAUGGACAGCCCGUUUAGACACCAAGCGCUGCUGGUGGCUGAUCAGUUUGUGGUGACGUUUGACGGGCUUCUGUAUGAACUUCCUGUUUCCUGUCCGCUGCUCCUCGCCCAGGACGGCCGCACCGAGCCGUCCUUCACGCUGCUGCUGGGUGCUGACGCUCAGAGCUCCCUGCUGAUACACAUGGACAACAGCAGCGUCCACAUUCAGCGCACCGGCCAGGUGAAAACUGACUGUAAGAACGCCGUCCCACAUGGACCCCUCAGCGGCCGUGGGCUGAGUGUGAAAAAAGGCUCAAACAAAGUACAGGUGUCCAAUCAGGAGGGACAGUCGGUGUCAUGUGACCUGCAGCUGGAGCUGUGCAGCUUCUCCCUGGAUGGAUGGUUACAUGGCGCAUCCACCGGUCUGCUGGGGACCAACGAUAACGACGCAGGCAAUGAUUUCUCUUUGCGUGACGGAUCUCAGGCGAAGACUCUGGAGGAGUUUUUCCACAGUUGGGAGCUGGACCCAAAGUGCAGUAAAUCCACAGAAGUUUCCACGGCAGCGGCGAGCCCAGCGAGCUGCACUUCCUUCUUCUCUUCCGCAGAUUCGCCUCUCAGUUCCUGUUUCAGGGUGGUGGAUCCAGCCCAGUUCCUGUCUGUGUGUGGGCGGAGCUCCUCCAAAGCGCCCUGCAGGUUGGCGGCGGCGUUUGUUCACCUCUGCCAGCAGAAUUACAUUCCAGUGGAGAUUCCCGGCCAGUGUAUGAAGGUCUGAAGGACGAUCAGCAGUUAACCUCUGCUAACUUCUGUUCAGAAUGAAUAUAUUUACAUACCACUGUCUUCACUCUGUAUUCAUUUAAAUAACAUAUUUUAAUGUGUUGUUAUAUUUCCUAAUGUACUUUAAGAAAGAUUCUAGAAUAUUUUCAACAACUUGAAAUAAAAUCCUUCUGUCUUUUGUGAAUCAGUAUGGUUUGGUUCAUCAUGAUGCAGUAAAUAAUUUGCUUAAAGAAAACUGGAGGCUAAUGUGUGGAAUAUUUUUUUGCUUGUUUUUUUUUGUUUUUUUUUUACUUCUUCCAUUUGCAUUUCUGCCUGGAGCCGCUGGGAUUGUUCUGCUUUGGGUAAAUUAACAAAAAAGUGGCUUUAGCAUUUAACUUGUGGGAUGACUGGCCAGGUUCUUCUUGUCAUGUUGAAGUUUCUACUGAAAUGCAUAAAACCACUGAGCCAACAGGUGUGAUUAGGGAAUUAAUAAUUUACUGCGAUGUCUGAAUUAUUGUGAAGUCUGAGGAAAGUCAAUCUUCUGAUUUAGAAGAGUUUCAUAAUCCUCAUCUGUGUUUCAUAAAUGCGGCUGCAAGACUGGCUGAAUUUGAUGUUAAAGUUUGUCCUAAAUCAUCCCAGAAAACCAGUUGCUAAGAGUUUUGUAAAAUAAAUUGUUGUGAGAAUCUUUUCUUUCCAUAAGUGACAUUUUGACCCUUUCACCACAUCAUACUUUUGGACAUUUCAUUAAAUAUUCAGAUUCAAAACUGAGGUUGAAUCUGUUUAUAUGUAAAUUCAUACCAGCAAAGGUGAAGAUUCAUACCUGCUCUGAGAAAAGAUUCUACACUUCAUAUAGAGAAAUGUUCCCCGAUUUCAAAACUUUAGCAGAAGUGUUGCAGCAGAGUACAGAUUUAGCCUCAUGAGUGGUCAGCUGUCCAACACAAGAGAAAAGGCACAAUUCAGGUCCAAGUGGAAGUUCUGAGAGGUAUAUUGUGUUUAAUUUAAUUUCAUUAAGUUAUAGAUAAUUCCAGAGAAAACCCCACACUCUCCUUUCCUUCAACACAGUCUCCUGUGGAUCACGUCCUUUUUCUCCUGGUCCUCACACACAAACACUGCUCAGAGGAAGACCAACCGGGCUACUUCCUGAAGUUCUACUUCCUGAGGUUCAGCCUCCUGUGUUGGUCCA